UGGUCCUUGCCAACUGAGCUACCCCACUUGGGGUUUGUAUAUCUGGAACCUGAUAUGCACUAAAAUGAGCAAUGCUUCUUGUUAUGGUCAUUGUUAGUGCUUUUGUUCUUCUAGUUAAUUAAGCCUUUACGUUGGUUUUACUUUUGAUGUAUUGAAACAUUUCUUAAGUUCCUAAUGGCUCUAUUUGUUUAUUUUAGUAACUGUUUGUGAGGCUAUAUGCCUGUGUCAGCGUUUUUUAUGCAGUAGGCUAUUUAGUGGAGCCUGCCUACAUUCAGCAGGAAUAAAAAGGGAAAAGUGUGCAUUAAAAAAUAAAAAUAAAAAACAGACCUGACCAUGUAGAUGGUCUUGGUGGAAAUUACCUCCAGUUGCUAUUGACAAAAUGUCAAAUUUGGGUCUGAUCAUUUGGUUGAGUUGGCCAAAGGAUUCACACUGGUCAAGUCAAUAUGGCAUUGAAUUUUCUCAAAGUCCUUAAAGCCUGAUGAUGUUGCAGACUUAUGAUGAGGAUUUGUUCUUUAACAGGAGGCAUGGCCCUAAAAUAGUGGAACAUGAUUGCUUAGUGAACAACCGACCACAAAUAAUUGGAUUGAGGAUUGGAUGAUGAGACAAUGAUUGUCGGCUUGAUGCGGCCUUGGAUUCUGCUUGUUAGUAUUGGAAUAUAUGUGGCUCUUGGUGUAGGAAAAUUGCUUGCAGUAGAGGCCAUCUAAAGAAGGAUGAACUUGACGCUGCCCUGAAAAUGAGUGGGAGGUCUUCACCUGAUAAAAAAAUUGUAGAUGAUCCAGACUCUUUGGAUAAGCCUUCAAAUAAUUUGGAUCAGGUCUGCUCAUCUAGGCAUUUUCGUGGAAAAGAAGAAAUGGAGCUAUCCUUACAGAAGUAUGAGAAAGAUUUGAUGGAAGUCCGUCUAGAAAGGAAUAAUGCAGUGCAAGAGUUGACCAGACUCAAGCUGCACUUGUUAGAAAAGGAAGUUGAAGAGUUAGAGAAAAUGGAUGAGGAUAGUAGAAUCAUUGAAGAGCUUCAAGCAAAUUCCGAAUAUCAAAGAGCUCAAAUAUCGCAUUUCGGGAACACUUUGAAGCAGGCAAUAGCAAGUCAGGAGGAGGUUAAGAAAACACACAAUAAUGAGCUGCAAAAGGCGAAGGAAACAAUAAGUGACCUGAAACAAAAACUUGCAAGCUGUAUGAGCACAGUAGAUGCCAAAAAUUCUGAACUUUUAAAUCUUCAGACAGCUCUUGGCCAGUACCAUGCUGAAAGUGAGGCUAAGGAACACCUAGAAAGAUAUUUGGCCCUAGCAAGAGAAGAAUCUUCCAAACUCUCUGAAUCGUUGAAGGAUGCAAAUCAACAUGUGGAGGUAUCAAGGCAGGAAAAAGAAGAAAUUCUGGGUAAGCUUUCACAAGCAGAAAGGAUGAUAUCUGAAGGAAAGCACAGAGUACAGAAGGCUGAGGAAGACAAUACAAAAUUACGCCGUGCUCUUGAACAGAGCAUGUCCAGGCUUAACAGGAUGUCGAUGGAUUCAAAUUACUUUGUUGACAGGAGGAUUGUGAUCAAAUUACUGGUGGCCUAUUUUCAGGGAAACCACAGUAAAGAGGUUCUUGAUGUCAUGGUAAGAAUGUUGGAAGUCUCUGAGGAAGACAAGCGGAAAAUAGGUGUUGCUCGGCAUGGUGCAGGUAAAGGUGUUGUUCAAGGAGUCUUGGGUUUACCUGGGCGUCUAGUUGGUGGCAUCUUUGGAGGACGCUCACCUGAAUUACAUAAUCAUGUACCAUCUGAAAACCAGUCCUUUGCAGAUAUGUGGGUUGACUUUCUUCUCAAAGAAACUGAAGAGAGAGAAAGAAGGGAAGCUGUGGAAGCCACAGGGGUAUCCAAGGAUAAUCCACAGGGAAGAAGUACAAGCAGCAAUGGGCCAACUGGCUCAGUGCCUAAUUAUAGAACAAGCACAUCUAGUACUGCUUCUGGUUUCUCUUGAGGUCAUCCAUAUCAAGCCCAGGACCCAACCCCUAGCACAGAGUUCUCAACAGUUCCUCUUACUAGAUACUGGCACAGUGCCUGGUUUCAUUACCUCUCAAAAAAGUUUCACAAAUUUUAAGGGUUCUUCCAAGAUACUGAAUGAUGUUGAAGGUUUGUAAUCAACUCUUAAGGUACAGAUUCUUUUUGGUUGUAUUCUGUAGUUUUUCUUCAAUCGAUUCUUUAUUCCAUUUGUUCAAAUCCUGAGGUUGUUCAGCAUCACUGUAUAGACACAUUCUCUAAAUGAAUGCAAUACUGAUUACUGACUA